UCCUGUCAGCGGCGGCGGCGGUGGCGGCGACCGUCAGUUUUCGCUGAGGAGAAGCACGAAACGGACCCGUUGGCUCUCCCCCCUCCCUUUCCCCGCCCUGAACCCCCCCUCCUGGCUCGCCGGGAAUUAGUCCCCGUGGAGUUUCGCCUCCACCUCGCUGCGGUUUCCUCGGCCCGGUGGAAGUCACUGCCCUCGAGGAGGAGGCAGCAGCGGCAGCCGCCCUCGCCUCGCCGCCCCCGGUUCGGUGCCCGCGGUCCCGGAGAGGAGGUGCCGCCGCCACCGCCGCUCCCCCCCUCCCGCUGCCCUCGGGCCGGGCUGGGUCGAGCUGCGAUGCCCUCGGACUUCAUCUCAUUGCUCAGCGCGGACCUAGACCUGGAAUCGCCCAAGUCCCUGUACUCGCGAGAUUCUCUGAAGUUACACCCAUCACAGAAUUUUCAUAGAGCUGGACUAUUGGAAGAAUCUGUCUAUGAUCUUCUCCCAAAGGAGUUACAGUUACCUCCAUCUAGAGAAACAUCUGUAGCAUCAAUGAGUCAGACAAGUGGUGGUGAGGCAGGCUCGCCUCCUCCAGCUGUAGUUGCUGCUGAUGCUUCUUCAGCUCCCUCCUCUUCCUCCAUGGGCGGUGCUUGCAGCUCCUUUACCACCUCUUCCAGCCCUACCAUUUAUUCUACCUCAGUCACCGACAGCAAGGCUAUGCAAGUGGAGAGCUGCUCCUCAGCCUUGGGGGUAAGUAACAGAGGGGUAAGUGAAAAGCAGUUAACCAGUAACACAGUUCAGCAGCAUCCAUCAACACCGAAGAGGCACACAGUCUUGUACAUCUCACCACCACCUGAGGACUUGCUGGAUAACAGUCGGAUGUCCUGCCAGGAUGAGGGGUGUGGAUUGGAAUCAGAGCAGAGCUGCAGUAUGUGGAUGGAGGAUUCCCCCUCCAACUUCAGUAACAUGAGCACCAGUUCCUACAAUGAUAACACUGAGGUACCUCGUAAAUCACGAAAACGAAAUCCAAAGCAGAGGCCGGGGGUCAAACGACGAGAUUGUGAAGAAUCUAAUAUGGAUAUAUUUGAUGCCGACAGUGCCAAAGCACCUCACUAUGUGCUUUCUCAGCUUACCACGGACAACAAAGGCAACUCAAAAGCAGGAAAUGGAACAUUGGAAAACCAAAAAGGCAGUGGAGUAAAGAAGAGCCCUAUGUUGUGCGGACAGUAUCCUGUUAAAAGUGAGGGAAAGGAGCUGAAGAUAGUUGUACAGCCUGAGACCCAGCACCGAGCUCGGUACCUGACUGAGGGUAGCCGUGGCUCAGUAAAGGAUAGAACACAGCAAGGCUUUCCUACAGUAAAGCUGGAGGGCCAUAAUGAGCCAGUAGUGUUGCAAGUGUUUGUGGGCAAUGACUCUGGUCGAGUGAAACCACAUGGAUUUUAUCAGGCCUGCAGGGUAACUGGGCGAAAUACAACUCCCUGUAAAGAGGUGGACAUUGAAGGCACUACUGUUAUAGAAGUUGGCCUUGAUCCAAGCAACAACAUGACAUUGGCGGUGGACUGCGUAGGGAUAUUGAAAUUGAGGAAUGCUGAUGUUGAAGCCAGAAUAGGAAUUGCUGGUUCCAAGAAAAAAAGCACUCGUGCAAGAUUGGUUUUUAGAGUUAAUAUCACAAGGAAAGAUGGCUCCACUUUGACACUGCAAACACCCUCCUCUCCGAUUUUAUGUACUCAGCCAGCAGGAGUGCCAGAAAUCUUAAAGAAAAGCUUGCAUAGCUGUUCAGUGAAAGGAGAGGAAGAAGUGUUUUUAAUCGGCAAGAACUUUCUGAAAGGAACUAAAGUUAUUUUCCAAGAAAAUAUUUCUGAUGAAAACUCUUGGAAGUCAGAAGCUGAAAUUGACAUGGAAUUAUUUCAUCAGAAUCAUCUUAUUGUGAAGGUUCCCCCAUAUCAUGACCAACAUAUAACUUUGCCAGUAUCCGUGGGAAUAUAUGUAGUGACCAAUGCUGGAAGAUCUCAUGAUGUUCAGCCAUUCACUUACACUCCAGACCCAGCAGCAGCUGGUGCUUUGAAUGUAAAUGUGAAGAAAGAAAUAUCUAGUCCUUCAAGACCUUGCUCUUUUGAAGAGGCCAUGAAAGCAAUGAAAACUACUGGUUGUAACUUAGAUAAGGUAAAUAUUCUUCCCAGUGCUCUGAUCACUCCACUCAUAUCAAGCAGUAUGAUUAAGAGUGAAGAUGUUACUCCAAUGGAAGUAACAGAAAAAAGAUCUUCCCCUAUUUUUAAGACUACAAAGACAGUUGGAUCAACUCAACAAACAUUAGAAAAUAUCUCUAACAUAGCAGGAAAUGGGUCUUUUUCAUCAUCAUCAUCUUCCCACUUACCUUCUGAAAAUGAAAAGCAGCAGCAGAUUCAGCCCAAGACCUACAACCCAGACACCCUGACAACUAUCCAGACACAGGACAUUUCACAGCCUGGUACCUUUCCAGCAGUUUCUGCUUCUAGUCAGCUGCCCAACAGUGAUGCACUACUGCAGCCGGCUACACCAUUUCAGACAAGAGACACUCAGUCCAGAGAAGUAUUACAAUCUGAUGGCACAGUGGUUAAUUUGUCACACCUGACUGAGUCAUCCCAGCAACAGCAGCAGUCACCACUACAAGAACAAGCACAGACUUUACAGCAGCAGAUGUCAUCAAAUAUUUUCCCAUCCCCAAACAGCGUGAGUCAGCUACAGAAUACGAUUCAGCAUUUGCAAGCCGGAAGUUUUACGGGCAGUACUGCUAGUGGCAGCAGUGGAAAUGUUGACUUGGUCCAGCAAGUUUUAGAGGCACAACAACAGUUAUCUUCAGUUUUGUUUUCUGCUCCAGAUGGUAAUGAGAAUGUUCAAGAACAGCUUAGCGCAGACAUUUUUCAACAAGUCAGUCAAAUUCAAAACAGUGUAAGCCCUGGAAUGUUCUCCUCAACAGAGCCAACAGUCCAUACUAGACCAGAUAAUUUAAUAGCUGGAAGAGCUGAAAGUGUUCACCCACAGAGCGAAAACACAUUAUCCAAUCAGCAACAGCAACAACAGCAGCAGCAAGUGAUGGAAUCAUCGGCUGCAAUGGUGAUGGAGAUGCAACAGAGUAUCUGUCAGGCAGCUGCCCAGAUUCAGUCGGAGUUAUUUCCUUCACCGGCUUCAGCAAAUGGAAACCUUCAGCAGUCUCCAGUUUACCAGCAGACCUCUCACAUGAUGAGCGCAUUAUCUACCAACGAAGACAUGCAAAUGCAGUGCGAAUUGUUCUCUUCUCCCCCUGCAGUUUCUGGAAAUGAAACUACUACAACCACCACGCAGCAGGUUGCCACCCCUGGCACUACCAUGUUUCAGACAUCAAGUUCAGGAGAUGGAGAAGAGACUGGAGCACAAGCCAAGCAGAUUCAGAACAGUGUCUUUCAGACCAUGGUCCAAAUGCAACAUAGUGGGGACAGUCAACCUCAAGUAAACCUUUUCUCAUCUACGAAAAGUAUGAUGGGUGUUCAGAAUAAUGGUACUCAGCAACAAGGUAAUGGUUUAUUCCAGCAAAGUAAUGAGAUGAUGUCCCUCCAAUCUGGGAAUUUUUUGCAGCAGUCUUCUCAUUCACAGGCUCCACUUUUUCAUCCCCAAAAUCCUAUUGCUGAUGCUCAAAACCUUUCCCAGGAAACUCAAGGUUCUAUUUUUCAUAGCCCAAGUCCUAUUGUUCACAGUCAGACUUCUACAACGUCCUCGGAACAAAUGCAGCCUCCGAUGUUUCACUCGCAAAGUACCAUGGCUGUGCUACAGGGCUCUUCUGUUCCUCAAGACCAGCAGUCAGCCAACAUAUUUCUUUCCCAGAGUCCAAUGAAUAAUCUUCAGAGUAACACCGUAGCCCAAGAAGAACAGAUUUCAUUUUUUGCAGCUCAGAACUCAAUUUCUCCGCUUCAGUCCACAUCUAACACUGAGCAGCAAGCUGCUUUUCAACAGCAGGCUCCAAUAUCGCACAUCCAGACCCCUAUGCUUUCCCAGGAACAGGCCCAACCCUCCCAGCAAGGUAUAUUUCAGCCUCAGGUGUCCCUGGGCUCCCUUCCUCCAAAUCCAAUGCCUCAAAACCAACAAGGAACAAUUUUCCAGUCACAGCACUCAAUGGUUGCUAUCCAGAGUAACUCUCCAUCCCAGGAACAGCAGCAGCAGCAACAGCAGCAGCAGCAGCAGCAGCAGCAGCAACAACAGCAGAGCAUUUUAUUCAGUAAUCAGAACACCAUGGCUACAAUGGCAUCUCAGAAGCAGCCACCGCCAAACAUGAUAUUCAACCCAAGUCCAAACGCGCUGGCUAACCAGGAGCAACAGAAUCAGUCCAUCUUUCACCAACAAAAUAAUAUGGCCCCCAUGAACCAAGAGCAGCAGCCCAUGCAAUUUCAGAACCAGCCUACAGUUUCCUCUCUUCAGAACCCAGGUCCUACCCAGUCUGAGUCGCCACAGACUUCCUUGUUCCAUAGCUCUCCUCAGAUUCAGUUAGUCCAAGGGUCACCCAGUUCUCAAGAGCAGCAAGUAACACUGUUCCUCUCUCCAGCAUCCAUGUCUGCUUUGCAGACCAGUAUGAACCAACAAGACAUGCAGCAGUCUCCUCUUUAUUCCCCUCAGAACAACAUGCCUGGAAUCCAAGGAGCCACAUCUUCACCUCAACCACAGGCUACUUUAUUUCACAACACUACUGGAGGCACAAUGAACCAACUACAGAAUUCUCCUGGCUCAUCUCAACAGACUUCAGGAAUGUUCUUAUUUGGCAUUCAAAAUAACUGUAGUCAGCUUUUAACUUCUGGACCAGCUACAUUGCCAGAUCAGUUGAUGGCCAUAAGUCAGCCAGGCCAACCACAGAAUGAGGGCCAGCCACCUGUGACAACACUUCUUUCUCAGCAAAUGCCAGAGAGUUCUUCACUAACGUCCUCUAUAAACACCAACCAGAACAUUGAAAAGAUUGAUUUGCUUGUUUCAUUGCAAAACCAAGGGAACAACUUGACUGGCACCUUUUAACUGGAUAAGCUCUGAUCCCAUCUUCCCAAGUCAUCGAUUCCACUUUGCCUGUAUGCCUCACCUCCAUCACUAGCUUCGCUGAAACCAAUAAGCCUGGAUCUUUGUACAAAUGGGUUUUAUUGAUUUCAUCUGGAACUUUCAGAAAUUUACACAAAAUUGCAGCGAGCAGGAAGGCAACAAGAUAUUUUCAAGCUGAAGCACCCAGCCAUCUGCCAUUAAGUAUAUUGUGGCGGGGGGAGGGGGGGCGGAAUUACCCAAUUGCCUGUCAGCAUCUGGCACAGGAGGGUCUCCGGCCUGCCGCCCUCGUUUCCUUGGCAGGUACAGGACCUGUUCCCAGUUCCAGGCAACCUUGGUUUGCAAAACCCCUCGUGUUUCCUUUCAACGCACCACCAGAGGGCGGCCUUUCAUCAUAUUCUACUUGAAUUAUACCGCCAGUGAGUCAGUCACACUUCAAUCAUUUCAAGGGGAAGUUAGAAUAUUAUGCCAAAAUUGUUCAAAGUUAAUGAAACUCUAGGAUUACAGUGUUAUCCCCAAAACUGUGGAACCAAACGCUUCCAAAAGGAAAGUCAUCAGGUCAACAAUGACAGAGAAGAAACCCUUCCAGAAUGUGAUGUAGCUCAGAAACAAAGUAGUGUUUGUAGAAGGCUGCUGUUAAGUAUUGGGAGCAACUAUUUCUUGAAUUCAUUCAUAGCGGCAGAUGUGGCGUAUAGAUAUGUUGGUUUAUUUUCCUGCAGACAUGAAAUUAAAAGAUUGAGGUAAAGAAGAGAGUUUUACUGUCUUUUCAUCGGAAGGUAUCGGUGUGUGCUGUGUAUAAAGAACAACAGGCGAAGCAAGAGUAACACACACAUUAGGCAUAUUAGUCACUGCGUAGUAAUCAAAACCAGUAUCAUCCUGUGCCAUAAACAAGCACAGAUUAGUAACUACUAAACAAGUCCCUUGUGUCAGAUUCAGUCAUUUCUUUCUCAGAGCAAUUAAUUCCCUUUUGUCAUAAACCACAGAGAGGGCAAUUAAAAGAAAAAUGUAUCAUUGAGGAGUUGGAUACUCUCCAGCCAGAUUUAGCCCUAAAAAUGGAUCCCUAAAAAGAGGAAUUCAGUUGUGUAGAGGACCUUAAAGAAUAUUGCCUCGCAUCUUUCUCCAUCUUUCCCUGCUUUGUAUCCUCAGUGGCCUCUUGAGACUAAUCAGGUUUGGCCAUGAUAGCAAUCAGAAGAAUCAGUUACAUUGAAUAAAACUAUCCAAAAAUGUAUGAAUACAGUCAAUUCUGUCUCCUACUCAUUCCCUGUGGAAAGAAGUAAAAACACACAAAAAUCUUAAAAACUGAAGCCAGUCAAGCAAGCCUGAAAAAGAAACCUAGAUUUGGCUACAUUUUUGAAAGGAAUCUAGUGUUGUGAAUCUCAUUUUCUGGCUUUGAUCUGGUUGUCAGUCGGGAUGGACUUGCCCAAAUGAUGGCCCACAGAGAGGCCAAAUUUUUCGUUUUUCUGCUCAUCCUGCACUUCCUUUUUCAUUAAGAACCCUGCCUGGAAGUUUAAGUCAAAGAGGCUACUUGGAGCAAAAUACAGUGGCGUCUCAUCCCAGAUAUUUUCCAGGCGUUUCUUCCAUCCGUCCAGGAUCUGAAUUCGCGCGUCCGUAGGAGUGCGCCCAAUGCUGUAUGUCAGCUGAGGUUCCAGGACUUGGAAGCCACAGAAAUGCAGAGUGCCGCUCUGGGGAUACACGGAGAACAGAGGUGAGUCACAGAACAAACCCUAUACAGCUUGUACCACAAACAAACAGAAGUAAUGUAGGCUUUCCAACAAGACGCUCCGACGUGGGGGCCUGAGGCACCCCGGAGAAUCAAUUCAUAGCUAUUUUCUCUCACCUUCUAGCGCUCUCUUCCUAGCUGUUACCUAUUUUAGCCUAUUCAGCUGAGCUCUUGUUUAAAUGAACAAAAUCUUGAAACCGUGCCAGCCUGGGAUCCUCUGCCAAAGAGCCGGAACUUCUUUCACAUAAGGGAGUUUCGGCUUCUUGGCAGAGGACUCCUGCCAAGGUACGUGGAUGCGCCUUUCUCCACCUCUCCUUCUAACUAGAUGAGCCUCAAUAAGUGAUCUGUAGAAUUUAUUCUCCAAUAUUAAUGUUAUUUCUCCGCCGUUCUAGGUGGCCACCGCAUUUGCUCUUCUCUCCAACCCUCUUCUGUAUAAGAGAUCAUCUUCAUAGUCCAGUGACCGACCACCCAGAAGCCUCCCUCAGACUCCACUCUUGCUGGCUGGGCUAAAUCAUUUCUGAAAUUUUCUCAUAGGUGGUGAGGCCACAGCGGCAACCUGGAGAAGGCCAGGAAGACUGGAGACAGCGAUCAGUUGUCUGGAGUGGGGGCCCAUGGCUAUACAAAUCUAGGGGUUACCUGCACUAGCCUUUGGUUAGGAGACAGAGCUGUUUGGACGCGUGCAUACCCAGGUUACUCUUGAGUACAGGGGCCCGGAAGACUAGUAAGGCUUAGAAGGGAGCUCCCUGGAGUUCUGAAUUAUUACGGUGCUUCCGUCCUCACACCUCGGGUCUGUUUUCAGCUGCCAUCUUGAGAAUCUGGACCCCACAGAAAGCUCAAUUAAUUAAUCCCCAGGGAAGGUUCACUGAAACAAAGUAACCUGAAUUGGCCAGAGGAUGAUAUUCAUGUCUCCGUGGAUACCCUGCAGAGAGUACAUGGAGCCGCUGCCACCAGUGGUGAUGGAAAGCACGGUCUUCUUAUUCUG